AAGAUUCUGAAGUUUCAGAUGAUGCGACAGAACACUUGAACAGUUACACGACAGAAGAUGUCAGAAAUACACUAAAGCCAUUUCUCAAAGGAAAUGAAAAUUAUGAUCCUAUUCUUCACUAUGAUUAUGAAUGGGUAUAUUUAUCUGUUAGAAAUAUAAUCAAUUUGUGA